AUGAUUCUGUCAAUGUUGAUGUGGCUAUACAUUAUAUUCAUUGUAACAUGGAAUGUUAGCUCUGGAGCGUCGAAGAACUUCUCAAAGGAGAAGUUGAGCAUGCAAGAGACUCUUCUAGGCGAUAAUGUUUUGACGAAGUUUUUUACCUUGUCGUCGACGGUACUUCCUGUUGUUAUGCUGGUCAUGUAUGGAAUUAUAUUCCUUGUUAUAAUGAAAAAAAGAGGUGCGCUAACGGGUAGCGCGAGCUCAUCCGAAAAGGACCGGUCAUUACUUUGGCAAGCACUUGCGAUUUCAGUUAUGCUAGAGUUCUCAUCAAAGAUGAUCGACCUCCUGACAAAGCUAUUUCCCAAAUUCAGGCAUAUUCGCCGUGAUAAGCAAUAA